AUGUUUAGGAAGAUCAACAACGCGCUCCGUCCCAACAAUGGGAACAGGGCUCGUGAUGGCAGUCCGCAGUCCGAGCAGGACUACCACAGCGCGUGCACCGUCAAGUUGGUGCGGAGCACCUCCAUGCUCGUGGUGGGCCAGAGGAAGCAGUCAUCCGUCAACUCCACACUGAAGCGGAGCAAAAGUUCUGUGAAUUUCGAGUCCACCACCGCCUUGUAUUAUUACCAGAGGCAGGAGGACCGGAUAUGGCUCUACUCCCAGAAUCAGAACUGCCUGGAGUAUUUGGAAGAGCUGGUGGCGUUGAGACGGCAGUACACGAGGAGCGUCAACAACUUCAAAAGCAACGAGAUGAAGGCCACAAUCUCCCCCAAGAAGAAGCCUGCGCCUCCCCCGCCCAACUCCAAGGACGCACAGAACAUGAGGACCAAACCGUCUGCCCCUCCAAUCCCCAAUGAGGAGGACACUCUGGACUUCUUUGAUGCUGUCAUUGCGAGCUGUGACCCUGAGCACACGCGCAAGCCCCAUGUAGACGAUGGGCACGCUGACGUUGACUUCAUUGUGGCCACCAGCACCAGUGAGCACGACCUCCACUCCAACUGGGUCAUGCGGGUCCCACGGUGUCCCACAGAUGAGUCCAAGCUGAAGAAGCCGGCCUCAACCAGCAAAAGCAGCAGCACGGCCAAGAAGAACAGCGACAACGGGACGACGAGCAGCCGACGACACCUACAGAGAAACCCCAUCCACCUGCCCAAAGUGGUGGAGAGCGCCUUCCAGACACUGCGCUUCAAGCCAAAACUCAAAAAGAAGUAG